AUGAUAUCGAAUAAUCAAUAUUGGAAUAAUAUGUCGUCAUUUGAUUUUGAUGAUUUAUUUUUGUUAUCCGAUGAUUUUAAUCUUAAAAAUGAAUAUAAUCAAUUUUCUAUGUUACAUAAUAAUCUAAUCAAAGAAAUAACAUCUUCAUCAUCUGAAAUUGAUCAAGAUCAACAACAAACAUUAUCAGACAAUAAUUCAACAAAAAAAUCUCAACGAUCAAAUCUAGAAUGUCGUGUUUGUGGUGCUCCAGCUCAAGGUUAUAAUUUUGAUCAAAUCACUUGUGAAUCAUGCAAAGCAUUUUUUCGUCGAAAUGCAUUCCGAGAUAUGUCUCAAAUAAAAUGUCGAUUUUCGGAUUCCUGUAUUAUUAAUAUUCAUACACGUCGUCAAUGUGUAUCAUGUCGAUUAAAAAAAUGUUUUAAUAUUAAAAUGCGUAAAGAAUGGAUUCGUACUGAAGAUGAAAAAAACUUAAGACGUUUACAAAAAUUAGCAAAAGAAAAAUUAAAAACAAUUGAUCUAUCAAAUGAUCAAAAAUCUCUUAUUACAUCUUCAAUUGUUCGACGAAGAAAAAAAAGUUUAAUAACAAAAUCAACUAAUCAAGAACUUGUUAUUAGUCCAAUUUAUAGAAUGUAUCAUUCUGGUUUUAAUUCUAUUCUAUAUGAUGAAGAUCGAACAUUAAUAAAUAAUAUUAAUAAUGUUUAUCAAUUAGCAAUAAAUAAAAAUGAUUAUUCUUAUAUUAAUAAAUAUACAUCAUUAACAUCUUUUUUACAAUUUAUAAAUGAUGAAAGUAUUAUGCAUGAAUCAUUAAUAAAUUUUUUUAAAUUUAUACCUGAAUUUAAACAAAUAGAUAUUAAUGAUAAAAUAUUAUUGAUUAAAUCGAAUUUUAUUAAUAUUAUACAUUUACAUCGUAUGAUAAUAUAUAAUUUUCAAGAAUGUUCAAAUCUUAAUCAAUGUGUUUCUAAAUGGAUUGGUAAAGAUUUUCAUUAUCAAAUGAUUCGAACUCGUCAAUAUUCUAAUCGUUUUAUGAAUUAUCCAAUAUUAUUAAAACUUGCAUUAGCUGUUUUUAUCUUUAAUGUUAAUUUAUCUGCAUCAUGGGAUAGGAAUCAAUUUUAUGAAUAUAAAAAUCAAAAAAUAUUAUUUGAAUAUCAAAAUUAUUAUAUAAAUAUUUUAUGGCAUUAUUUAAAUUAUUUAUUUGAUGAAAAAGAAGCUAUUAAAGCAAUGGAAAUAAUAGUUAUGCAAAUUUUACGUUUUCAAUCAUUAAUGGUUACAUUAGAGAAUUUUGUAAGACAAUGUCCAGUUUAUGAACAAUUUCAUUCAUUAAUGCAAUCUAUACUUGGACUUACUUAA